GAAGACUACCGGUUCCUGUUAGUGUUACGAGCCGUUCAUGAACACAUGUCAGGUUACCGGAUCGGUUUGUUCCUACAGAGUUCCUGUUGUGUUUUGUGGUUUAUGUUAUAUAAGCAGGUGGAUUUGUUGUAGGGGUUUUGUUUUUUUAUUGUAAAUGAUUCUAAAUUCCCCGGACACAAAAGGUGAGUCCUGAUGGCUCAGACUAAAAGCCUGCUUGUGCGGAUCUCUUUCUACUGGAAGCCGCUGUUUUCAGGGAGAUUUCUGAUCGUGACUAAUGUAGUGAGCAGUGGAGGGAUGCUCGCUCUGGGGGACUGCAUUCAGCAGACCAGGGAGAAGAGACAGGACCCUGAGAAGAUCCGAGACUGGAAGCGUACAGGGCGCAUGUUUGCAGUCGGAUGUACCAUGGGCCCGUUUUUGCACUACUGGUAUCAGUGGUUGGACAGGACUUAUACUGGAAAAGUUUUAAAGACUGUUGCCAAGAAAGUUCUGAUCGAUCAGAUUGUUGCCUCACCACUUUUUGGAGUGUGGUACUUCAUGGGUAUGGGUGUAAUGGAGGGUCAGGGUGUGUUAAAAGGCUGCACAGAGUUUAAAGAGAAAUUCUGGGAGUUCUAUAAGGCGGACUGGUGUGUUUGGCCGACCGCACAGAUGUUCAACUUCUACUUCUUGCCAGCUAAGUUCCGUGUGUUGUACGUGAAUACAAUCACACUGGGCUGGGACACCUACCUGUCAUAUCUCAAGCACAGGGUAGACCAUCCCAUCGAUGAAUUGGUGCCAGAGGACUCAUCAAUAUCUCCUCCCUCAGCUAAAUCACUGGAUGCUUAACUAUAGUCACAUGUUAUUUCACCUAAAUUUUCAAAUUUUAGAUAGAUAGACCUGUAACUUAAUUACUCAAAUCAUUCACAUUAAAGCAUCAGCUUAACAUCUGUUCCACACUGACUCACUCUAUACCUACACACGUUCACAUUCUCACCAGUGAAGAUAAUUCCAGCUUUUUUCAAUGUCAUUUGGUGCAGUUUGCUAAUAACACACUCACUGUCCACUUUAUUAGAAUCACCAAUCUACUACUGGGCAAAAUUCCCUUUGCUUGUAAACCUCUCAAAUUCCUUUGAGGUUUGGUCCAUGCUGACAUCACUGUAUUAUUUGAUUGGUGCAGGUUUUACACAUGCACUUCUCGUUCAAUCACGUCCCAGUUUGAGUUAACUUUGUGAUAUUCUUCUGCUGGAAGAAACCAUUGAAAUCUGACAAUGACCAUAAAGGUAUGUACACAGUCAGCAACAAUAAGUGGGCACAGGGUGUUUCAAGAAAACAUUCCCAACAACAUGACACCAUGCUGUUAACAAGGCAAAUUGUGUCCAAGGAUUCAUGCUGCUGAUGUCAAAUCAUAACCUUACCAUCUGCAGCAGAAGCUAUGCUUGGUCAAAAUAGAUGAAGCAUUUCAAUGUUUUGACUGUCCAGUUUGUUACAGCUUGAAAUUCAUGUUGUGGACAAACAGGGGUGGAACUCAAUGUGGUUCCAAAAAUUAUUUUGUCUAAAUGACAGUUUUGCCUAAUUUACUCACCAAAGAUUUAGAGCAAUAAUUCUUUGAUAUUUACAGUAUAUGUGAAGUAAAGACCUGGUGUUUGGUAUUCCUGGGAUAUGACUGAGGUGUCAUUAGUUGUUCGUCAGCUAGCAAAAUGAGAUUAAAGUAAAAUGAUAGUAAAUUAGGAAUGAUCUUACUUCAAAGCUGGUUAGAUAUUAUUGUGCCAAAGUAAAUCAGCAGUACUGUGUUCCAGACUCACUGUAUACUUCACAGUAUGUAUAAAGUGAAACUGUAUUAAGGAACUGUACUCAGCUUCCUGAACACUCCACCAAUUGCAACUUUUCAUGCAAAUCUUUGCUACUUUGCGUUUCUAAUAGUUAUGCAUUAAUUACUAAUGACAAAAAUCGUUUUUUGAAUUGUUAGUGUUAACUAUUUUUGAAGACUUGUGCAAAAUCAUUUAUCUUAAUUUCUUGCUGGCCUACUCUUUCACAAAGGACUUCAGUAUGGUUACAAUUUUUGUAAGAGGAGAUACUCUUUACUGUUAUGUGUUAUUAAGAAAACAUUCAUGCAAGUGCCUAUGAGCCAAUCAUGUGGCAGCAGCACAAAGUCCUGCAGAUACAGGUCAUGAGCUUCAGUUAAUACUUACAUCAAACUUCAGAAUGGGGCAAAAUGUGACCAGUGUUUUGUUUAGUUGUGUGUACUGAGAUGAUUUCCUGCUCUCCUUGGGUGUAUAGACUGGUUGGUUGAGGAACUGUAGCCUUCCUGUCAACUUUCUUGCUGGAUCACUAUUCUGACUCAACUCUUAAAAUGCUAAAAGUCACCAGAGAAUAAUAAUCAGAGACGUGACUAUUUUUUAUUUUAAUUGACUUGAUGUGAAUGUUCCCCAAAGCUUCUGCCUUAAAUCUGCACGAUUUUAUACACUGCACUGCAGUCACGUGAUUGUCUGAGUGGAUUUCAGAAAUGAGUAGAAGUCCGGCUGUUCAGAAUAAAGUGUAAAUUAUGUUUUUUUUGUUUUGUUUUGUUUUUGUAAGGUUUUUAAGUGAUUUGUUCAAUUACCUGUUUCUAGUCAGUGGAAUAACUGUUUUCCCUCAUCUCUUUGUCAUAUAUGUUUAAAAUAUGUUUGUUAUAAUACCAGUUAUGAUGGAACAUGCUAUGUAUGUACAAAGUAUAUACAGCUAAUUCUGCAGACAAAUAAGUCAUUUAUUGACCUCAAAUUCCUUGUGGGUUUUUAUUUAUUUUUGGAUGUGGAUCGGUUGCUUUAUAAAAUUAGUCUGUAUUUUUUUUUUUAUUUAAUAAUGGUGAAAGCUGAGCUUUCCCAGAGAUUUAAAAAAAUGUUUAUUAGAAAUGUAUUUGAACAAAUAAAUCUCAUAAUAUAAAA